AUGGCACCCAACUGGGACAGGCUCAUCCGCUUCAUUUCUACAGAUGGCCGCGAAUUGCGGGGUCAACCCAUUCUCCCCUCCCCCGACUUUGAUGUCGGCACAACAACCGAAGAGACGGGACUGAAGGCCAAGGUUAUCAAUGUAGCCAAUGGAGAUGUUUUCGAUGCCGCCACCAAGGUCACAGAUGAGGAGGUCACAGUGAAGAAGCUGCUCGGUCCCGUGACCGUCGAUGAGGUGCCCAUCAUUCGAUGCAUCGGGCUGAACUUCAUCAAGCACAUUCAGGAAGGAGGCCGUACCCUCCCCCCUCAUCCCAGCACGUUCAUCAAAGCCAACACCUGCCUGGCGGACCACAAUGGUCCCAUUGUAAUUCCCAAGAUCGCACAAGACAAUCAAGCCGACUACGAAGGCGAGCUCUGCUUCAUCAUUUCCAAAGACUGCAAGGACGUAUCCGAAGCCGAUGCUUUCGACUACAUUGGUGGUUAUAUGUCCGGCAACGACGUCUCUUCUCGCAAGUGGCAGCGCGACCCCAACCUCGCCGGCACCGUCCCGCAGUGGAACUUCUCCAAGGGCUUCGACACAUACGCGCCCCUCGGACCCCAAAUCGUCAGCACGAAGGUGAUCCCCGACCCAAGCAAACUCCAGCUCCAGACACGGGUCAACGGCGAGCUCCGCCAGAACUCAGGCAUCGACGACUUGUGCUUCAAGAUCCCCACGCUCGUCGCUUUCAGCAGCCAAGGCACAACGCUGAAGAAGGGUACUGUAGUCAUGACAGGGACGUGUGCGGGCGUCGGGUACGCCAUGAAGAACCCGCAGUUCCUGAAGCCGGGGGAUGUCGUGGAGGUCUCGCUCACACCGCAGAUUGGAACACUGAGGAAUACCGUGGAGUACGCGUAG